CCCGGACCAGUUGAUAUACCUGGCAUGUAUUUGUGGGUUGGGUUUGUGCAAUAGUAAUAGUCACAAGAAAAGGAAGGAUACACCACAUCUAUUUCUGAUUUCGUGAUUCAGAAUAGAACGUGACCUGAUUGUUUGAUUUUCGUCUCAGUUAAAGAUCGUUAGUCUGCUUGGACACAGUUUCUACAUCUCACUCCAUCACCAUGUCCAGUAUGGAUAAACAUCUGUUCAAUCUGAAGUUUGCUGCUAAAGAUCUUGAAAGGCAAGCCAAGAAAUCUGAAAAGGCUGAGAAAGAUGAGAAGGUUAAACUCAAAAAGGCAAUUCAGAAAGGCAACUUGGAAGGUGCAAAAAUCCAUGCUGAAAAUUCCAUCAGGCAAAAGAACCAGGCUCUGAACUACCGACGAAUGGGAGCUCGUAUUGAUGCAGUAGCUGCACGAGUUCAAACAGCUGUAACCACACGCCAGGUGACCGGUUCCAUGGCUGGUGUUGUCAAGUCUAUGGAGGCUGCCAUGAAAUCGAUGAAUUUGGAAAAGAUCUCGCAGCUGAUGGACAGGUUUGAGACGCAGUUUGAGAACUUGGACGUCCAGUCUCAGGUCAUGGAAAACACGAUGAUGAACUCCUCAACACUGACCACCCCUCAAGGCCAAGUGGACUCUCUGAUGCAGGAAGUCGCAGAUGAAGCUGGCUUGGAACUUAACAUGGACCUUCCAGCAGCCCAAGGCUCGGCUCUUGGUGCUUCAGCCUCCACACAAGCUUCAGCGGAGCAGGAUGAACUGUCACAGAGGUUGGCCAAGUUGCGUCAGAUGUGAGCACAGAAAAGUUUUCGGGCAAACAAGCAUCAAAUUUCUCUCUUGUUGUGAACACUAGCCGCUGUAUAUAACGUACGAAUACACUCUUGGGAAACAUGUAUUUGGCUCGUCGUUUCCUAUUCUCUUUGUUUUUCUGAGAAUAAUGACAAGUAGGCUGACACUUAACAGUUUGCAUGCAUUACUUGUAGAAAAUUAAUUAUGAAUGGACAUUUGUUUUGAAAAAAAAAAUAAGAGACUGGUGAUUGGUGGGGGGGGGAGGGGGGGUUGAGGAGUACAAAAUAUAAUAUUAUUGGAGAAAAGGAGAGGGGUGGGACUGAUAUCUUGCUCCUUAAAUUUAGGUUCAGAUUUGAUGCUGUCAUGGAUACAAAUGUGACAUCUGAUGUUCAGAACUUAAAGAUAAUACCUGAACCUAACAUGCGAUUCAUACUUCGUGGCUUCAAAGUAUAUGACACAAUCUUUGGGCUUGUGACCUUCAAGCAUUUCAUACAAAUUUAGAUAUUUAGAUUGAUUACCUCUUUUUUUACAUUUCAACUUGAUACUUCAAACUUGCUUCUCUGCACUUAAGCCCAGGAGUUUCUGAACUGAUAUUGAUAGGGAAAUAUUUCUUUCAAAGCCCACAACUGUUAACAAGUGGUGCUGAUCUUAUUUUAUCUUCUUUUGUGUUCAGUUGUGACUCUGAUCCUGGUCAUUGUGCUUAUGAUCACAAGCAGUGUCGUUGCUGGUGUCGUCUUUCUACUAAGUUUUGUCUUUUCAUAGUUCUGGAAUAAAUAGAUUUUGAUUUUUAACCAUGUUUGACUGGAUGUGGUGUGAAAAGAGAAUAUGUGUGUCAUUUUUUAAAUCACAAUUUGAAGGAAAAAUGAUUGAAUGUGCAGAGGGUGCUCUGAUAUUUGAUGAAGUGUGAUAGAUUACCAUGUUUGAGAGUGAGUGAGAAGUUGUCUUUUUUAAAUGUUUUAAUGCAAUUAUGCUUUGUAUUAUAUUUAGACUACAAGUGGUUCUUGUAUCUCAAGUGAUGAAAAAUUGUGGAGAGAUGAAGUAAAUCUACUCUUGUACAAAUGCCGUAAAUGUAUAACAAAAAUGGCAGUUUCUUUAUUUCAUCCUUUUUGAGUUACGUUUAAGAACAGUAUGUGAAUGGUACUAAUUGAAACCAGGUUUGUUAUUAAUUAUUGUAGUCAAAAGUAAAUGGAUUGUAAAUAUGAAUAAAUCUUAGCUGUUACCACA